CAAUCCUGUAGCAUAUCGAUAACUUUUUCUAACCGCAAUAUUUUUGCAUGAAUUCUCAUCAGCCUUGUGCGCAAAGCUUUGAAAAGUAAACAUAACAACAAACAAUCCUUGAUCAGCUUUCAACAAUGGCUGACCAUCGUCCAGAAGAACCGGAAAUGUCUCGAGCAAAGCGUCCAAGAACCGAAGAUAUGGAUCCAAAGUCGAAUCCGUAUUUGGCGCAUAUGUAUGAGGAGGAAAGUAAUGAUUGGGGCAAUGGUUCGAAUGGCACUGGAUCUGGACUAUCGAAAUUCAAGCGCCAUCAAACAACUGCUGCACAGGCACAUGAAGCGGAAGAUGGCCCUUUGAAUCCAUUUAACGAUAAGCCUCUUUCCAAACAGUAUCUCAAUAUCUUGAAGACUAGAAGAGAUUUGCCUGUGCACAAGCAAAGGUUAGAUAUUAAAUUGCCUGAAAGCUGCCAAUUAGUUGCUAACUACUUUGUAGACAGGAGUUCCUUAAUAUGUUUCAAAAGACCCAAAUCCUGGUCUUCGUCGGUGAAACUGGUUCUGGUAAAACAACACAAAUUCCUCAAUUCGUCCUCUACGAUGAUCUACCUCACCUCAGUGGCAAGCUCGUCGCUUGUACACAACCUCGUCGAGUAGCAGCUAUGUCAGUAGCGCAGCGUGUGGCAAACGAAAUGGAUGUCAAAUUAGGAGAUGAAGUCGGAUAUAGCAUUCGUUUCGAGGAUGUGACGAGUUCGAAAACCAUACUCAAAUAUAUGACUGAUGGUAUGCUUCUGAGAGAAGCAAUGCAUGAUCACAAUUUGACGAGAUAUAGCUGCAUCAUUCUUGAUGAAGCUCACGAACGUACUUUGGCUACAGAUAUUUUAAUGGGUUUGUUGAAAGAAGUGGCACUUAGACGACCAGAUCUAAAGAUUGUUAUUAUGUCUGCUACCCUUGAUGCACAAAAGUUCCAGAAAUACUUCAACGAUGCUCCGCUUCUAGCAGUACCUGGACGAACACAUCCAGUCGAAAUCUUUUACACACCAGAGCCAGAAAGAGAUUAUGUUGAGGCCGCACUCCGAACGGUUUUACAGAUCCACGCCACCGAAGGCGAGGGAGAUAUUUUGUUGUUCUUGACUGGUGAAGAGGAAAUUGAAGAUGCAUGCCGGAAAAUAUCAUUAGAGGCAGAUGAGAUGAUUAGAGAAGCAGAUGCAGGUCCAUUAAAGGUGUAUCCACUUUACGGUACACUACCACCGGCACAACAACAGAGGAUUUUCGAGCCAGCACCACAGCCAUUGAGGCCCGGUGGACGUCCAGGACGAAAGGUUAUUGUAGGAACGAAUAUUGCAGAAACAUCCUUGACAAUCGACGGUAUCGUGUACGUCGUUGAUCCUGGAUUCAGUAAACAAAAGGUCUACAACCCUAGAAUUCGGGUCGAAUCCCUUCUUGUUUCGCCUAUCUCGAAAGCAUCUGCACAACAGCGAGCUGGUCGUGCUGGUCGUACAAGACCUGGUAAAUGCUUUAGAUUAUAUACUGAGGCAGCUUUUAAGAAGGAACUUAUCGAACAAACGUAUCCCGAAAUUCUUCGAUCGAAUUUGGCCAACACGGUCUUGGAAUUGAAGAAACUUGGCAUUGAUGAUUUAGUACAUUUCGAUCUUAUGGAUCCUCCAGCUCCAGAAACACUCAUGCGAGCACUCGAGGAACUCAACUACCUUGCCUGUCUGGAUGAUGAUGGAAACCUCACACAACUAGGCAAACUUGCCUCAGAAUUCCCUCUCGACCCUGCCCUUGCCGUAAUGCUCAUCUCAUCCCCAGAAUUCUAUUGUUCAAACGAAAUUCUCUCGCUUACUGCCCUCCUCUCUGUUCCUCAAAUUUUCGUCCGCCCCGCUUCAGCCAGAAAACGCGCCGAUGAAAUGAAAGAUCUGUUCGCUCACCCUGACGGAGAUCACUUAACUAUGCUCAAUGUCUACCACGCUUUCAAGGGCGAAAAUGCUCAAGCCGACCCUAAACGCUGGUGCCACGAACAUUUCCUCUCUCUAAGGGCUCUUCAGUCAGCUGAUAACGUCCGGCAACAACUUAAGCGCAUUAUGGAAAAAUCCGAACUCGAUCUUGUAUCCACAGAUUUCAAUGAUAAAUCUUACUAUACCAAUAUCCGUCGUGCACUCGUAGCAGGUUUCUUCAUGCAAGUUGCCAGGAAGGAAGCGAUAGGCAAAACAUACAAAACCGUUAAGGAUGAUCAAAGUGUUUUAUUACAUCCUAGUACAGUAUUGAAACAGGAUGCCGAAUGGGUGUUGUAUAACGAGUUCGUGCUUACGACGAAAAAUUACGUGAGAACUGUAACGGCUAUUAGACCGGAGUGGUUAUUGGUAUGUUUGUUCUUUCCUUCGAUGCUGUUUUUAUUCUAGCCCCUCAUCGAACUCAAUUAUCAUCAUAUGAAUAGACAUAAGCUAAUUCAAAGCAGGACAUCGCGCCGACAUACUACGAUAUUCCAACCUUUGAGAAAGGAGAAAUUAAAACAGCCUUAAUUCGUGCUCAAGAUAAGAUUAAGAGGAAGCAAGCUAUGAAAGGUGGGAGAUAGGCGCUAUGGCUCUUUCCUACGGCCUUAAACAGGUGAUACAUUCCAUGAUGUCGAAUCUAGCCUACCUCUAGAGCAUCAAUGAUAUGCUAGUUAUUGACAUCUACGGACCAAGGACCAAGGAAAAAACAUAUAUGUCAAAUAAUGCGAUUGCGGAGUUGAGUUGUGCUUGUACACUUUCGAGGUCAUAAGGAAGAUUAGGAAGGGGGGCAAUCCUUUUGAUGCACAGAAAAAGCUCUUUGCGAGAAUUUAUUGUGGGAGGGUGGACACAUUUACUCAUUGAGAUACUAGAAAGGGUCCAAGGAGAUCAAUUAAAACAAAGGUCGAGGUGAAUUAAGAAUUUUGCGUACUUGCUUAUUUAUACAUAGAUUUGCAUAUCGGUAGAUAGAUCAUGAAACGGAAAGGAAAGGAUGGGGAAAAGAAGAAUAAUUAAGACGACUACAUACUACUUUGACACCGCAUAU